AUGGAGCAUUUUGAUGUAGCCGUUGUUGGGUUGGGUGCCAUGGGAAGUGCUGCUGCGUAUCAUGCUGCAGCCAAAGGAGCCAAGGUGAUUGGGUUUGAACAAUUCGAGUUUGGCCACGUCCGAGGCGCAUCGCACGAUACAUCUCGCAUCGUGAGGACUUCAUACGGAGCCCCCGAAUACGUCGCGCUUGCUAGAUCUGCCUACAAGGAUUGGGCGGAGCUUGAGAAACGAUCCGGGUUGUCGUUGCUGACCAUCACUGGAGGCGUCGUAUUUUUCCCCAAGGAUGGGCCAUGCCCUGCGAGUGAUUAUACCGAGAGUCUGGACGCAAAUGGGCUUCCAUACGAGCUUCUUGACUCUCAGGAGGUCAACAAGCGAUGGCCUCAAUUUGGCAUCCCCGAUCGGGUAGAUACGGUCUAUACAGCAGACACCGGAAUUGUUAAUGCGUCUCGGGCUGUGAAUACUAUGCAAUAUCAGGCUCGUGCGUUUGGAGCCGUGUUGAAGGAGAAUACCCGCGUCGAUAAAGUGACCCCAGACGCAAACGGUGUGAUCGUUGAGACAUCAAAUGGCCCAGUUCAUGCACGCAAAGUCAUCCUCGCCGCCGAUGCCUGGAUCAAUAAGCUCCUGUCGCCGCUUCAUGCCGAAAUCCCCCUGCGAGUUAUGCAAGAGCAAAUCACAUACUUCAAGCCCACAGAUGUCGAACGAUUCGAGCCCAGCAAGUUCCCAGUAUGGAUCUGGGGGGCUGAGAAGUGGUUUUACGGCUUCCCUAGCUAUGGCGAGCAUAGUAUCAAAGCCGGACGCGAUGUCUCUGAGAACUUGAUGACACCAGAGCAGCGCACCUUCACCCAUUCGCCUGAAUUAGAAGACGAACUCUCGAAAUUCAUGGACACCAUCAUCCCUACAAAAGGUCAAACUCUACGGACAGUCACUUGCCAAUAUGCCAUCACACCUGAUCGACAAUUCGUCAUCAGUCCGCUUGAGGAGCACAAGGAUAUUCUUGUGGCUUUGACAGCUGGGCAUGGCUUCAAGUUCGCACCCGCAGUUGGACGUGUUCUCGCCGAACUGGCUUUGGAUGGAAAGACAAAGGAAGAUAUUUCCAAAUUUGGCAUACCCAAAGUAGCACCUACGAGCAAGCUGUGA